AUGGUCGCGCGCGCCGAGGCCGGGGACUUCGCGGAGGCUCGGUCCAUCUGGGCGCAGCUCCUGCACAGCUCCGCCGCGCCGUGCCUUCCCGCCGCGGCGCGGCGCCUCCUCCCGGCGUACGCGCGCCUCGGCCGCUCCGACGAGAUCCUCCUCGCAGCGCGCGAGCUCUCGGCGCGGGACCCCGCCGCGGCGCGCGCGCUCUACCCGCUCGCCGUCUCCUGCCUCGGCGCCGCGGGCGAGCUCGCGCGCAUGGAGGACGCCGUGCUAGACAUGGGCCGCCUCGGCCUCCGCGUCGACCCCGCCACCGGGGACGCCUUCCUCCGCGCCUACGCCGCCGCCGGCACCGUCCCGCAGAUGGAGGCGGCCUACCGCCGGCACAAGAGGACCGGGCUGCUCAUAUCCCGCGGCGCCAUCCGCGCCGUCGCGUCCGCGUACAUCUCCCGGCAGAAGUACUACAAGCUCGGCGCGUUCGUGGCCGACGCCGGCCUCCACCGCCGCGACGCCGGCAACCUGCUCUGGAACCUGUACCUCCUCUCCUUCGCGGGCAACUUCAAGAUGAAGUCCCUGCAGCGCGCGUUCCUGGAGAUGGUGGCCGCCGGGUUCCGGCCGGACCUUACCACCUUCAACAUCCGCGCCGCCGCCUUCUCCAAGAUGUGCAUGUUCUGGGACCUCCACCUCACUGCCGAGCACAUGCGCCGCGACGGCGUCGCGCCGGACCUCGUCACGCAUGGCUGCUUCGUCGACGCCUACCUCGAGCGCCGCCUCGCGCGGAACCUCACCUUCGCGUUCGACAGGCUGGACGGCAACGCGGAGCCCGUCGUGGCCACGGACGGCAUCGUCUUCGAGGCGUUCGGCAAGGGCGGCUUCCACGCGAGCUCCGAGGCGCUGCUGGAAGCCACCGCAGGGAAGCGGCGGUGGACGUACUACAAGCUGCUCGGCGUCUACCUCAGGAAGCAGCACAGGAGAAACCAAGUCUUCUGGAACUACUGA